CUUUCAAGGCACUGCACUCCAUACUCCACAAGUCCACAGCAAUGCUAUAAUUGACAUUUCCUCUUCUUAAAAAGAAAAACGUUUUACUGAAAUUGCAACGCCUUUACGCAUUAAAAAGAAAGACUUUUUAGUGCAAUUACAACGCCUUCAAAUUUUUCUCAGUCUACAUUUGUUCUUGAUUAGUAAUUUAUUGCUACACUCUCCUGAAUCCAUACCAGUUGAGCAAGGCUUUCGUUGAGAUCGACCGUUUCAGUUCUUGGGUAUAGCAGUGCACAAGCGGCUUUGUGUGCGUAUAACAGGGGGAAUCAAAUUAGUCGUCAUUGUAAAACAAAAAGGAAAGCGUGUUGUUAUGCUGCUGAAAAUUGAAUGAUUGGAUUGUGGCAGCUGCUGCUGGUACAGACAUAUAGCAUUGGGAGGGAUUUAUUAAGAGGUAACAAUGUUUGUAGGGAGAGGGAACUAACUCAUGAAAAUACUAUUAUGACGGACAUGCCAUCUUCAAAUGGUUUGUCUGGAAAUCUUAGAAUGUUGGAUAGUUCUGGUAGUUGCAAUACAUCACCAACUACUUCAAAUCACACAAUUGGGCCCAUGAAUGAGAUAAGGCAUCAUGUAGACUUGGAAGGAGCCCAAGUAGGUGAUGAAUCCAAUGUGCCCACAGAUGAUGUUUCUCAUCACCCUUAUACAGCGGAUGUGCGAUUUUCAUAUGGUCUCAGAAGAAACAGAAGCCUGAGAAGCAAACAAUCUAUUGAACAUAAAAUAAAACCUCAAAACUCUCUCCAGAGCUGCUUACUGGCCCAGGCUUACAAGGAACGAGCGGAAAUGGAAGAAUACAUUUUCAGAAAAGAUUCUUCAUCCAUACAUAUGCCGAGGCCAUUUUUGGUCAUGGACAGUAGCCAAACCAUCAACAGAGCUAGUGGUGAUUAUUUAAGUACACCAAGUCAAACUGAUUUUCAUAGGCUGCAAAAAGAUGUCUUAUUGCAAGAGAAUGAUGCAGUGUUUGGAAUUCCUCAACUACCCAAUAUUGAAACCAUGAAAAAGACUAUUGCUGAUAGAGGAAAGGACCACAGUGGAAGUUUUAGAAGAAAAGUGAAUGGGAAACACUGUCACUCAGAAGAUGUAUCUCAUGGCUUACCCCGUAUUUGCACCAGGGUCAUCUGAUGGAGCAUUUCUUGUCUGUCUUGGAAUAUCUGUUGGCAUAUUCUCUUCACUCUUGGCACAUAAGGAGGAGGUUGGUAAAUUGAAUGGGUUACUGAAACAGACUGAGAACUUGGUUCAAGAUCUACAAGAGGAACUUGAAAUGAGGGAUUCAUUAACUGUGAAAGAGCUUGCCACUGAGGAUUUUGAGUCCCAAAAUACAUAUAACAGCUCAAGUAACAAGGAGUUAUUGCACGGAUUCUCCUCUCAAAAGAAUCUGAAUAACUCAUCAAACCAUUGUUUUGAAGAAUAUCAUUGUCAGGACUCAGAAGGUGAAUCUAUGAGUAAAAUUGAAGCAGAGCUUGAAGCUGAACUGGAGAGAUUAGAAUUUAACAUUAAUUCAUUUAAACUGGAGGAUGAAUAUUCUGACGUAGUUGAGCUUGACCCAGACCGUGUACCUGAUUUAGCUGAGGGAGAGUCGCGAACUGAUGUUGUCAGUGGGCAUUUUGUUCACCAACCUUAUGCAGAUCAGGAUGGAAGUGGCAGCUCCACCCCUCAUUCUGCCAACUAUGCUGUUUCGCCCAGGGAACUAAGCUUGCGGCUCCACCAGACCAUCCAGUUACAAUUAGAAGAACGUGUCAGUGAGCUUGAAAUUGCACUUGAGCAUAGCCAGAUGAAAGUGCGUCGCAUGGAAGCACAACUUAGUAAUAAUUGGAGAGCAUUGUCUAGUAGCGAGGUGGAGGCGUCUCCUUCAACCAAAGGCAGUCCAGUCGCUAAAGAUGACCCUACAUUUAUCAAUUUAGCAGGGGAUGCUCUUGAUGAAUACAGUGAGGGUUUUGAAGGUACCUCGAAGACAAAUGAAUCUGAAACUGAUGGGACAUCUUUGGGGAUUCAGAGUCUUGGCCCUCAUGAAAACAUGCAGCGACAUGAUGAUAGCGGAGAUUGGAUUCGAAAAUGCACAAUUGGUGAUGAGAACAGUGAUGUUAAUGAUGAGAUGGAAAGGCUGUUGAUUAGGCACAUUUUGCAGAAAACCAUGAAGGGCUCUCCAGCCGUUUUGAAUGCUCAGAGAGCAUUUUUUUACCGUGAUGAUUUUGCACAUUGAUACUUGGUACUUGGUAGAGAGAACAAAGUUUUUUUUGCAGUUUUUUGUUAGAAAGACUGGUUUUUCUAAAAUUUCAUUCUUUGAAAAAUGGAAGGAAAAAAAAAUUUGCUCAACAGUUUCUUUCACAUUUGAGAAAUGAAAAGAUAU